GAAAGACGAUUUAGGUGAUCUUAUUGAUUAAAUAAUAUUUGCAUGUUAUAAUAAUUAAAAUCAAGAAGCAGUGAAGCUGUUAGUGUCGAAAAAUGUGAUUUUCGAAAACCUACUUACAGUCAGUGAUAUUUUUCAAUCAAGUGUAAUAAAUGAAACUGCUUCCGUUUUAAAAUUUCAUUCAAUGAGAAAUUCUGGAAUUCACAUAGAUAUUGAAUUAUCUGAACUAAAUCUUUAUCCAAUAUAUGAAGAUGUUAAUUACGAUGGAGUGAAUGAUGUUAUAUUAAAUGCUUCACCAGGAACUUAUGCAUUUCGAUUGAAACAACCAUUAUUGGAGAUUGCCAACCAGUUUUGCAGGUAUCCUUUACCAAGUCGAUACUUAUUAUCACUAAAAGCAUUUCGUAGAAGACAAACAUACGGCUACAAACGAUCUUGUAGAGAACCGACCCAAACGAGUACAAGUCUCUGCCAGACAAAUGAACAUAUAAACUACCAUGGGGAUGAAAGACAUAAAACGUAUUUUUAUGAAAGAUCUCUUAAUGAUCAGUGUGGACGUAAUCUAGCCGCAAUUCUUUCAGAUGAACCAAAUUCAUUCUAUUGUACUCGUGAUACACCUUUGAUCAAUGAAAUAUUUGGAGAGUAUGUCAAUGAACAAAUUGUUCAAUCACAUACAAGUUCAUGUGAUACAUAUGAAAAAUUGUGCGCAAAAUGUUUAAAUCGUAUGAAAGAAAGUUCAAAAUGCAAUUCAAAAUAUAUGAAUAUGAAUGAAUUUUCAGAAAUAAAUCUUAGUUAUGAUGAAGGUGAAAGAAAUGUAACUGAUUCACGAUGCUGUGGUAUAUCUUGUUAUAAUACACCUGUAUGUUUAUCUUACUACAGUUUAAUGUGUCAAUCAAAUAAAACGAAAAGCAACACAUUGGAAGAUAAAAUUUGUAUGGAUGGUAAUACAUUUCAAAUAUCAAUAACACCGGAAUUCGAUUUUCAUAAUGGCACAUUUAUGUGUCAUUUAAAACAAGCCAAUUAUUCACGUGGAUUUCGAUUGAAAUUCUCAUUAAAUUUAUCUGAGCUUAUUAAACAAAAGCUUUCUGAUAACUAUGUGAAUACUCGUACGUCACUUUCAGUUGAAAGUCAACACAAUUUUGGUACUUCUAAAAAAUACAGGCUAAAUAUCAGUGCACUCGAUGUUGAAAUUUUAGUUGACGAACCCAAAAAAAGUGUAUUCCAUAGUUUCAAAGAGGCUAUACUAUUGGGUCGAAAGGUGAAAAAAUAUAAUGCUUAUGAAUUUUUUGUACAUAAACAUCCAUCAGCAACUGGGAUUAAAAGCAUUCAAUCGUCUGUUGAACAUGUCCUACAUACAGAUUCAGCAUUUACAACGAUACAAAGUAAUAAACCACAUGCAUUUAGUUCUAUAAAUUGGAAGCAGAAAGGCUGUGAUUUAGAUAUUUUUCAAAAUAUCAAGGUAACAAAAGCAUUGUCUGAGUUCCUUUCGAAAGGUUAUCCAGUUGACAUUUAUCCUGCAUCAAAUGUCAAAACAAACACACCACGUUCAAUGUCAGAUAAAGAAGACAAUGUUUAUUCAAAUAUACUGCACAGAUUUCGAUUAAACGAUAAACAUGCAACUUUACCAAGAGCAAACAUUAAACUGUCAGGUAAUCAUUCAGUAUUACGAUCAGUAUUUUGUAAUAAUAAAAACUUCCCAACCAACUUCAACUUACAUACAAUUACGGAGGGAAAAUCAAUAGGACAAUAUCGAAUUAUACGUAAAGUAGUAGAAGCAUCAGUGAAAUUCGUAACUAAUUCAUUAGGUAAAGAAAUACUUCAUAUUCUUGUGACAGGUUACGUGACAGGAACGCCAGCGUACAUCAAUUUCAAACUCAUUUGGCCUGCAAACUCGUUGAUUCUAAGUAAUCAUGAUGUUGUUGUAUUGAAUGCACAAACAAAAGAUUACUUCAAACCAAAUCAAAAAAUAGAAUCAUUUCACAUAACUUAUCAGAUUGAUAUUAAUUCAAUCAACGAGAUUCCAUUAUUUCCGUCACCGUUCCAGCCAAGAUUAAUUUUUGAUCUAAUUAUCCAAGAGUGUGAUGCCAAUAUCGGAUUAAGAAUAUACAGUCCACUUUUCAGCCAUCGAAAUAAAGACAAAAUGCUUCAGGGUAGUGUUGUUAAAGGAUCAAUAGUUAGCAUACAUUCGAACAAGAGCACAGUGGAAGAACCAUCACACUGGGUUAUGUUCAGUCCUUUAUUAUUUAUUACGAUUGGAAUUAGUUUGCUUUAUUUUUUGGUACUGAUUAUAUUUGUAUAUAUAAAACAUUGUAUCAUAUCAAACAAAGGAUAUCCGAUUUCGGUUGAAUAUCAGAAACAAAUUAGUAAUAAUCAUUAUGGUAAUGACCUACAGUACCAUCAAUUACUACUUCAUCCAUUUCCUAUCAAGCUGAAUAAUCGUACUUUGUAUUACACAACAUCAAGAAAAGGUGAAGAUUACAUUCAAACAUUUCCUCCAACUAGACAAACCUUAUAUCAUCCCACCAUCGUUGAGAAACAUCCCUAUCAUCACUAUGGCAAUGAGUCACAAAGCUCUUACCGAAAAUUCUCAUCGAAUUCUACCUGGCUCAAUCAUAAUACAUGGAAUACGAAUAACUCACAAAUAAAACGAAUAUUUUUAUUUACACAUCUUGCAUUCCGUGUCUUUUAUACCUUUCUAUUUACAUUCAGUGUUGCUGUCUCCUUAAUAUUUAGUUUACAACCUUCAAGUAGGAUUUCAACAUUUGAUAAUAUUUUACAAUGGCCAAAAAUAAAUCGAGAGUCAAUAGAGUUCAAUUCACUUCACAGUAGUAUGCACAGGCCAUCACCAAUAUCAGUUUUAACAACAUCAUCCUUGCCAAUGCAUGAAACAGAAUUGGAUCAGAUUCAUCUAAUUGGUCCCAUUUUACGGCUUCAAGCUGAAGUCCAUUGGAUAGAAGAAUUUACUGAACAAGAAUUAAAAAGACAACUUGAUUACGUUGAACGUAUGAAGUUAGCUUGUCAACACGCUAUGACAGUUGAAUUGACAGAUGCUCUCAGAGAAGGUAGACAUUUGGUAAAUACUAGGCUUGAAAAAUGGCAAUUUAAUAGUACAUCACAAAAUACUGAUACUUUAAACGACAACACACUACGUUCUGUCAACGAAUUAGCAAAUAUUCAUUUCAACAAACAACGUACAUUAUUCGAUCAUUUAUAUGAACAAAUGAGUCAAAAGUUAGAUUUCCGUGAUUCUGAAUCUUAUAAGAUCUAUACAAAUAUGCUAAAUUCUGUUUUUCAUUCUGGUUGGCUUCAAUAUGUUAAACGUAUGUUAAACACUUCAGAUAACUUAGAAAGAAAUUCUAGACACUUUUCAAAUCACAAAGUACAUACAGAAACUAAACUUAACUUUCAUGACAGUAUGAGAAGAUAUUACGAAUUUGCUCAACAAAGAUCCGGUAUCAAAGCAUCAUAUGUAGCUUUAAUGAACUAUAUGAAUUUUUACCAAGCUGAUGCUGUUCACCUGUUACCAUUACAGCUGCUUGAAAAUCUUAAGAAAGUAUUCAAUUCUCCGAAUCAUUAUCGUUCACUGUUUCACUUAUCCUCAGAAGCAUCUAGCCAUUCCAUGAAUUCUGAGGUUAAUUUUAAAACACAUCAUCAAGUAAAUAGUUUUAAAACUUUACAAAUUCAAAAAACUCAACAAGAACGUGUAUUUCUAACAACGAAUGAUUUGGAAGAACAUACCGAUGGUACGAUUAGUUCAGUCAGUGAUAAAUUUACACAGGACAUUUUCAACGAACAAAAUACUUUUAUUUCAGAGAAUUUUAUUCAAUAUAUUAAAUACAAUACUCAACAAAGUGUUCAAAGUCCUUUGAACUAUCCAAAUAAACAUCCGAUGUUACCAGUGAUGACUUUAACACAUAUUCGUUUAAGUUUACUAAUUUUAGACUGUUUCAUUAUUGCUUAUAGAUUUUUUCAUACAUAUGAAAUCUUGAAAGCUUUUUGGACAGGUCAAACUUUGUUUGUCGAUGCAUCAAGUUGGUUAGAGAGACAAACAUACACCACUUUAGAUAAUGAAAGAGACAAUGGAAAUUUUCAUGAAGCAAACAAAACAAUAAAUGAACCGUUUGACAAUCAUUCAUGUAGAAAAUCUACAGGAAAAGAAAAAUGUCUACAAUCAAAUUUGCCUGAUUUUAAUGAAACACCGAAUAAACGCUUUUCAAGAACAGCAUUAUUUCAAUGUUUCCCACAACAUCAAAAUCUAUAUGAAUGUCGACAUGAAAAGCAG